CAGGAAUAGGGUUUUUCGCCGCUUGACAUUCGCCACCAGUGGCGCCCCCUACUCCGUCACUUUUGUUGUGUUAUUGAUUGAAUCGAGUAAAUCAAAAAUAUCCGGUUUUGUGGCAAAACGGGCACAAGUCGGGUCUUCGCCGCCAAGUCCGAGGUACAAAAGGUCGAGUUUCAUUGAUAAGCCCCCAAACCAGCCCUCAGAACGCCACUUUAACCCCCAACUCGUUUCCCUGAUUCCGGGGCGAAUUUCACUCAUUUCCCGUCGAAAAUGUCCAAAAAGGCCAUCGCCGAUCAGGAAAUCACCAUCAAAGACUCCCUUUUCGAGUUCGUUAAGACCCACAUAACGGACGCCGACUUGUCCCUCAUCGACGAUAUCGUCCUGUCUUAUGUCGUUGCGAUCCUGGAGGACGUCAGUUCGGACCCUGUCUUCAACGUUGAAGAUUUCUGCGAAAUGAUGACUGCGUACUUCCCCGAAUUCGAGUCGAUCAAUCAUGCGACUGUCUGUCAGUGGAUUUUUGAAUUGGCGGCGAAGUUGAGGGUUGAGGAACCGGAAGAGAAGUCCGUGAUUGAGAUUUCGUUACCGGAAAUUGUACCGAAGACAAAACCGAGACAAUUGGAUAACAGGGAUAGCUUUGAUUUGCCCAAAAGAGUGCACAGGUUGUCGGAAAUGAGCGAUGGGGGCUCCACGGACAGCUCCUGCUGCGAUUUUUUGGACGAAAUCGAUGUCUUGCAAGAAAUGUUCCCCCACGUUUGCUCCAUUGAGGAUGGAGCCGUGUCUGAUUGGUGUGUUUCAAAGGUGAAACAUUGCUUGGCCAUCGCCAGCGGGGACAUAGAGCGCGCCACCCAGAUUCUGAUCGAUCGUCAAGAAAACGGCCAAUGCCUCAGCCAGAACAAUUCGUUGACGAUCCACGUCAACAAGACAACAAUCGACGACGCAGAAUUGAAGAACCGCAUCAUCGAGCGGUACUCCUACAUCGACAAGGACGCCUUCACCAAGGAGCACCGGCCGGUGGCCCCCAAAGUGGAGCCCAAGAAGCUGGUCCGUUACCGCGACAACAAAAUCGUAAGUUUGAAGGGCGAGCGCUUCACCGAAGUGAAGAAGGGCGAGGACGUCGACGACAUCUCGCUGAAGAAGAACAAGAAGGGCCACAGCACGCCGUAACCAACAACCGACGUUCGGAUGAAUAAAAAUAGUUUUAAAAUUCUGAUUAGAGUAGGGUAUAUUUAUGUAAUGUCUGGCACUCUUAACUAGCUAUAGGGAGCAAGUGUUGGGUAGGGGAUAGCGUCCGGAACCCAACAACUUGCUCCUCGUCUACACACACCGGUAGUAUUAUUAUUAUAAGGUUCAAGACUAGUCAAAAUCGCGGAGGUGGCUCGUGCGUAUCCUACUUCAUUUCGAAUACCUGUGAUUCUCGUAAAGUAAAUGUAUUUUCGUACAUUUUAUCUCAAUCAGUGAUAUUAUCAAGCAUUUGGUUGCUUCGGUUUUAACGUUCAAGACUUGUGUUUUGUGUUGUUUAUCCCUUUUUUACCUUUCUCGAUUAUAAUAAAUAUGUUAAGUGUAACAAUGGAA